AUGGUCAAACAAUAUCACUUCUUUCUACUGACUACAAAACGGUUGGUCACUUCAUUGAAUCGCGUUCUUAGCGAAAAACCAGUUUUGCCAUCAGACAUAAAUGCUAAACGAGGAGGCGAAGUUUGUGUAGUACUUUCUUUUUUUAUUAAGGCGAGGUCAUUUGUGGACUACGUCAGAGUGAAAUGCAAAGCUGGUGAUGGUGGGAACGGAAUGGUAUCCUUCGCCCGUUUUUGUAAUAUGCCUUUUGGUGGUCCAGAUGGAGGGGAUGGAGGAAAUGGUGGUCACGUCAUUUUUCAAGCUGACGUCAACACUAAAGAUCUCUCACAUAUCUCACGAAUUAUAUGCGCAAACAAAGGUAUCCAAGGCAUGCCUAAAAGUCGGCAAGGCAAAAGUGCUGAACACUUGCUGAUUAAAGUACCGCCUAGAACGUGUUUCAGAUAUGCAGAUACAGGGAAGGUUGCUGCUGAUCUCGUUGCUCCAGGUUCGAUGUUUCUAGCUGCUCGUGGAGGUGCCGGAGGGCAUGGCAACCAAUUUUAUUUAACUAAUGCCGUUCGGAAGCCUCUUAAAGCCGAAUUCGGUGGUAUAGGUGAAGAGGUAUCUUACGAUAUCGAGAUGAGCGUAAUGGCUGUAGCUGGAUUAGUUGGCUUUCCAAAUGCCGGAAAAUCGUCUAUUUUACGGGCGAUAUCACGAGCUAGUCCGAAGAUUGCCAGUUAUCCAUUCACCACUUUAAGCGCGCACGUAGGGGUUGUUCAAUAUGAGGAUUACGUCCAAAUCCCAGUUGCCGAUAUCCCUGGUAUUAUCGAAGGUUCCCACAGGAAUGAAGGUCUUGGAUGCGAUUUUUUACGGCACAUAAUGCGUUGUCAUUACCUCUUUUAUAUUCUUGACUGCACAUUAUCGGACCUGAAGGAACAGUUUGAAGCUCUCAAAUAUGAAUUGGAAAUGUUUAAAGUAGGACUCUCUUCAAAGCCCUCAUGUAUUGUUGUUAACAAAGUGGAUUUGUUAAAAAAAGUACGUACUGCUCUUUGA